UACGAUGCAGAAUUAUCGCAAAAUUUUACCGUUGAAACUGAUUUGUGUAAGAAAUAGAAAUAAUAUUACAAUUCAAGAUGAGAAUAACACUGAGCCCGGUUAGAGAUGAUGGGUAUUCUACCGACAAUUCUGAUGUCAGUGGAGACAUCGAUAUUGACCAUCCUGAGUUCGGUAUUUUAUUCGACGUGGACGGUGUGCUAGCCAGAGGAAGCACCCCUCUAGAACCUGCCAAGAGAGCCUUCGAGAAGCUGAAGGAUCCGGUUACCGGGAAGCUGCGCGUGCCGUGCGCUUUCGUCACCAAUUCUUGCAAUCGGAGUUACGAGAAAGCGGCACAGAUAGGAAGCUGGUUUAACCUAAAGGUAACGCCAGAGAUGGUGAUUCACGCGCCAACUCCCGCCAAGCUGCUGAACGACGUCCACCAGAAACACACGUUGGUGAUUGGACAAGAACACAGACUGGAGAUCGCCGCAGAACUCGGAUUCACCAAUCUCUGCACACUUGAUGACGUAACCAAAGCUUACCCAUUGUUGGACAUGGUGGACCACGAAAACAGGAGGCGUGUGGCUUCUGGUUGUUACACGGAGAAUCCGGAUUUCCCACAAAUAGAAGCUAUCUUGCUGCUGGCUGAACCGGUCAAGUGGGAGUCCAAUCUACAGGUACUCCUCGACCUGCUCCUCACCGAAGGAAAACCAGUGGAGGCGCCUAAAGAUCAGAAAACGGUCAACCAGCUUCCGCUCAUUGCCUGUAACAUGGAUCUGCAGUUCAUGGCAGAAGCAUGCAUGCCAAGGCUUGGCCACGGUGCAUUUCUUGUCUGCUUAGAAGCAUUAUAUAAGAAAAUCACUGGCAAUGAACUGGAGUACAGUAACCUUGUGGGCAAACCAUGUGAACUGACGUUCCGCUUCGCUGACCAUACCAUCAGCACAAUGGCCAAAGAGAUGGGCUUUCACAAACCCAUUAAAAGACUCUAUUUGAUUGGUGACAACCCAAACGUGGAUAUCUAUGGUGCAAAUCUCUACAACCGGUACCUUCGGAACGUGUGGGACAACUACCGAAACGGAAACGUCAACAACCGCGCAUCAUCCGGUCUUCCGAAGUCUAGAAUUAUCCCGGAUCACCCGGACCUACACGAGCAGACGGUAGAACAGUGUCACGCGCUACUGGUCGGAACCGGCGUGUACCAGCACACGGAGAAUGACAACACAGAAACGGCCGAAGACAUGAAUCACAACGAAGACAAGACGGUCUACCACGGCCACAGAGACAUCGAUCACGACCCGGACCUGUCGAAACCUCAGCGGUUCGUGGCAGACGUGGAGUUCGCCAUCAAGCACAUUCUGGAGAAGGAGGACUUCACCAUCAGUUGAGGAAGAAGUGUUGAUUGUAAAUUCCUGUGAGACAGCUAGUCAUGUUGUAUUGACGCUGUGUAAAGACUCGACAGCUGAAAUGACGUUCUACGACAGCUAGUCGUGUUACAUGAUGGAGGUUGUAUUAAGACUGGACAGCCAGCUGAAUGAAGCAUACAUACUAUGUAUUUACUAGUCGUGCGUACAGUCAGAGAAGACUAUGGUUAAGAGAAUCAAUGGUUGAUGCUAGAUGUUUUCUAAGAAAGGGGUGCUCAGUGAAAAUGGGCACCUAUAUGGUAUUCCAAAGAACAGGAUGACGCAUUGUGUAUAGGCAGUCGUCACCAGAAACGACGCAGCCGACUAAGAUAUUGAAUCUUUCCCACAAAAACUUUCUUUUGUUUGUAUUCAUCCUUUAAACAUUAGAUUUUGGAGGUACUUGGAAAUUCGGGGAGGGGUAAGAACCCCAACAAACACUCCUGUGAUGUAAUGUACUGACGAAGUUGCCAUGAAGGAGGAUGUCUGCUUUUUCGGGUGCGGUUGUUGUUGUUUUUUUGAGGGGGGGAGGUUUGGGGGGUUACACUUAAAUAGCACUUUACAUUUUGUUAAACACCUAAUGGCUACUGAUUAAAUAAUGUACUGAGACGUCGUUAAGAACAUUCCUGUCGUUUUCGCAUUUUAAAUAUGAAAGACUUGUACUUAAAACGUAUGCAAAUGUAUCCAUAGUAUCAUAUGCACACGUUUUAAGACACUGAGCGCACACUACUACGUCAUAUGCAAAGAGAAACAGAGAUGCCAUGAAACGGAAUCUGAUUCAUUCGCCACGUGUACAAAAUGAAGAUCAGAUCAACUGCUGUUAAACAGGGACCACAUUUCAAAUGGGGCAUAUUGGAGAACUGUUCCAGUACAUCGUGCUGGGGUUGUCGUUAAACAUUCAUUCAGUCAUUCAUUCAUUCAUUGUUCCAGUACAAUUAACUGUUGCAGUAUAAUUAACUGUCGCAAAAUAAUUACAUUGUCAGUAAUGGAAAUAGGUUUCAGGAACCGGAUGUGAAGGACUAUUCAAACAAACGAUGGCUCACCAAUCGGGUACACACGGUGCAGCCCCAAUUUCCAUCACUGACUAUUGGGGGGUGGGGGUGAGGGGUGACAAACUGUGAUAUUGUGUCUUUUUCUUUCAGGAAAAAAAAUUGAAAUCGGAAUGUGUUAUAGCUUUAUAUGUUGUGAUGUACAAAGUGAUUAAUUUAUAUGUGAACGUGAUGUACAGUGAUUUUCAUACUGGUAUAAGAAUGAAUAACAAAACACUGCUACAUGACAUGUAUAUACCUGUCCUGUCUGUCCUGUCUCACUUUGCACAAACAUUACAGAAGCUACCUUUAGUCAGAGUAAAGUUGAAGGGAUCUAUAGAUUCAUACAUGUUUUAGAAGUAUCAUUCCUUAAUUUAAUAAAUUGUGUGUUAUCUACAGUGCAAUAAAUAGGUUUAAAAUUGGUGCAGGGUUUACUAUUUUCAGUAUGUCAGUUAAUUUUUGUACAUUUGUUUUCAUGGGUUAACUAUACGUCAUGGUUUGUGAAUAAAAGCGGGAAGGGCUAAUUGGGUCAUGGUCUCUGAAAUUAGGCUACCGCGAGAAGUGAGGCGUUGGCGAUGAUUUCGGAAUUCCAAAUUGAAAUACAGCGCAUUGUCUCGUACUUUAGAAUAACCACCAACUGACGGUGCGAUAGCAAUAUAUCGCACAAUUGUUAAGUGGAGGACAUCCAUUAGAAAAUGGACAGCCAUUUUGUUUAAUUUUAUAACAUGUCUUUCCACUAUUUUUCUCACAAUAGCAAUAAUACUAUUUGUUUGUACUGUAUGAUUAUUUUCAUUUUUUACAUUUAAGGAUCUCAUCAUUGCGUGGAUGUGCGUGUGUUGUAUAUAUCAGAUCUGUGAAUAAUUUAGUGUACGUUAUAUUUUUAAGUCGGAAAUGUGAGGCAAAUGAAUUAAUGUAUGUCGCCCUUCAGCUAAAUAAAUGCAGUGAACUUUUA